UCAAAGUUGAUCGGAGGGACUGCUGUCAUGUCUUUGUUGCCUCUGUUGAAUCUCUAAUGUUUUAACAAGAAGAGCGGGAUAGAUGGAAAAAUAACAGUUUUCUGCACGGAGAAUUACAUUUCAAACCAUACCCACGACAGUCAAACCACCCAAAAGAUGGAAGAAAAGCUGAAUGGAUCACUGCCUGUUGUGUCCCCGGAGUAUCUUCAUCAGUGGGUCCAGUCAGCCCAGCAGUUUCAGGCUCUCCAGGCUCAACAUUCUGGCUUCAACCCCAAUCAUCAGUUUCACUACCCUGAGACGCAGAAGGGAGAGACGGCCAUGGCACACAUGGCUAAUCUAGAACCCAUGAUGGACCAGCAGGAACCUGCCAACCUGGCAAAACCCGCAGCCAAAAAGAGAGGCAGAGCAGCUCAACCCAAGGAACCCAAACCACCCAAACCACCAAAAGUCCCUAAGGCACCAAAGCCACCCAAGGACCCAAAUGCACCUAAAGCCAAACCAGGUCCUAAGCCCAAGAAGGGCGCUGAGGCUCAGGCAGACGGCAAGCAGGAGAAGAUCGACGAGAGCUUCAAGAAGGUGAAGAGGAAAGUGGACCGCUUCAAGGGAAUGUCAGAGGAGGAAGUCAUGAAAAAAACUCUUCCAGACCUGCUGGACUACAACCUGGACUAUGUCAUUAUUGGUAUCAAUCCAGGGUUGAUGGCAGCUUACAUCGGACGAUGGUUUCCAGGUCCUGGAAAUCAUUUUUGGAAGUGCCUGUUUUUGUCUGGAUUUACUGAAGAGCAGCUCAACCACAUGCAUGACACCACUCUGCCUGUUAAGUACAAAAUGGGUUUUACCAACAUGGUGGCCAGGGCGACACCAGGGAGCAAAGACCUCUCAAGUAAAGAGUUACGUGAAGGAGGAAAAAUUCUCACAGAGAAACUGAAGAAAUACAAACCUCUUAUUGCUGUUUUCAAUGGAAAAUGCAUAUACGAAAUGUUCUGCAGAGAGCUGUUUGGUAAAAAACCACAGAAGCUUGACUUUGGUUUGCAGCCACACAAGAUCCCAGACUGUGACGUGGCUCUGUAUCUGAUGCCUUCAUCUAGUGCUCGUUGUGCCCAGUUCCCUCGUGCUCAGGACAAAGUUCACUUCUACAUCAAACUGAGGGAGCUCAGAGAUCAGCUGCGGGGCAUCCAAAGAAGCACUGAAAUCGAGGAGAUUGACUACAGGUUUGACCUGCAGUUGGCCAAAGAGGAUGCCAAGAGGAUGGCGAUUAAGGAGGAGCAGUACGAUCCUGGUUAUGAAGAUGCCUACGGCGGAGCGUAUACAGAGAGAGGACCUGAGGGGGGCCUGGCUCAGACCCAGACCAACGGUCACUGUACAUUUUCAUCUGGUGAAAACACAGAAGGAGCACAGAGCGCGACCACAUCACUGACCGCAGCGGGUCAGCUCCCGGACGGACAGUGGAUGACCCAGUCUUUCGCAGAUCAGAUACCAGACAUCAGCGGCGGACCAAAGGACGGCAGCAUAUGAGGAAAACGUUAGCGAGAGGCUACAGCGUCCCUGCCUGCAUGACUGUAUCAGCGUGGACCAGCACAGACCUCAGCCGACUCUGUCCUCCACCUCUUUUGUCGGGUUUUAGAUUUUUUUUUUCCUCCUUUUUAUUAGUGUCUGAGUGGAAUAUACACACAUAGAUGGACUUUUUUAGCAAUUUUGCAGAAUAUUCUCUCUGCACUUUUUAUUUUUAUUUGUGGUCUCGUAUACAUGUAUGAUUAUCUUCACGGCAGUCUUUUUAAAUAUGUGAAAUCAGGGACUUGACAAUGAUACUGUCCUUGGAGAAACUCAUGUAUUUUAAACAUUUGUUUUGCCUUUGUACUGUACUGUACUAUACUGUACUGCACAGAUGCAGUAAGUGUAAACAUUCGUAUCUACUUCUCUGACAGUAGAUAAAACUCCAGAUGGUCAUUUUUAAAAGCUUGAUUGCUCAGUCUGAGCCUACGUGAUCCUCAAUGUGAGGACUUAGCGAGCAUUAACGCGUUACAUUCAUGGUGCUAUGACGUGAUCACGACGCAAAGUGAUCGCUCAAUGAAACCAGACUCAUGAUGGAUGUUAGAGGAACCUCUGACAUGCCUUUCAAUAUCAAGUUACAAAACUCAAAUGGGUUUUAUUUUAAUCUUUUUUUUUUUUUUUUUUUUUUUUUUGCUUUAGGAAUUUUAGAAUUAUGUUUUCUAUGUUUAUGAAAAUGCCAUUCACAAGGAAUUUUAUGAAACGUUUGUCCAUUAAAAGCUCCUGAUGAUGCUUUUUCUAUAUCAUUGCAUUACCUCUCAGUCAUUUUAGUGUUACGCAGCAUUGUGGGUUAACUUAUAGUAAUCAUGAUA